CACAUCUCCCUCCUUCUCCUCGCUCUAUCAGUCCUCUAGGGCUCGUUUAUUUAAGAAGACAUACACAUAUCAAGGGCCUCCUUUCACUGAGUCCCAGGGACAAUAUUUCUUAUUUACCAUCUGGCAGGACAAACCCGCCCCCUGUCACCUCAUUGCUCUAUAUAAAACGGCAAAAGGGCCAGAUGAUAAGAACUUGGUCUCAAGACAAGCCUGGCUAUGCGGUGUAAAGUCCUCGUCUAUGUCGUCCUUCUGACUCUCGUAAAGCAUGUGUCUCCAAGUGAAAUACAGGCCAGUCCGAAUACAAAGGCAACUCUUCCCUGCAAUGUGACGUUCCCUCUUUCUGUAAAGGGGGACAAAAUAGACAAGUCUCUCAUCAAAGUCAGCUGGAUAAGUAACGGCUCUGACAUCGCCUCAUUCAGAGAAGCGGCAACUCAAAUAAAGGAAGGCUUCAGUUGGGACACCACUGAUUUCAUCAACGGGGACUUUUCACUGACUGUCCUCAGAGCCGGUCUUGACCUGCAGGGCCAGUAUGAAUGCACCGUCAGCUACAACUCCACAAUGCUGCACUCCAGCAACGUUACAUUCAGUAUCCUCGCUUCCCCCACUCUAUCCAUCCCUCAGCAGUGGGUGGUGUUAGAAACAGAGAGCCACUUUACAUGCCAUGCAGAUGGUUUCUACCCUCCUCCUGUCUCUUUCUCCUGGACCAGAGAUGGGCAAGUGAUUCAACCUCCUUACCACAUUGAAGGUGAACAGACUCCAGAUGGGUACUACAUGGCUGUGGGCAACCUGACCUUCUACCCUUCCCGCGAGGACCAGAACGUGACCUUUGGCUGUAAAGUGUCACACAAUGGCAGCUAUCAAGAGCUGGAUUUCCAACUAAAUAUUACCUACCUUCCUUAUGUUAGACUUGCUGCAGUACUCUCACACUCCAACAACAUUCCUCUCACUCUUUACUGUGACGUAGAGAGUUUCUACCCAGAGGAAGUAUCUGUGUCUUGGCUUCAAAACAGCACAGUCCUCCCUGAGCCCCCCGCCACUGAGCUGAACCCAGAUGGGACUUACAGAACCAGGCACUAUUAUACUUUGAGCCCUGAGCAGAGGGAGCAAGGUGGGAAGGUGGAAUGUGCAGUAAACCAACCUGGGGUAGUGCACCCUGUCAGUGGCUCAGCGUACCUCGAGAAACUGGACCCUCAAGCUGAAGCUCCAGUGUUGACCAAAUCAGCCAAAGCAUCUGUGGCUUUGAUGUGUAUUUCGCUGGUACUGGUCGUCUUGCUCUGCUUUGGCGUUUCUUGGAGAAGAAGGGAUGAGAAAAAGAAGUCUCUGAAUGUGUCAGGGAUCAUUCUCCCUCCACGCGUGAUUGUUGGUCAAAAGGGCAGAGUGACAAUGAGCAUUGAGGGCCGGAGGGUGGACCGAGUCCAGACAGCAUGGUUUCUCAAUGACACCCCUAUCUCUGACACUUCACUCACAGGAACCUCCAAAACUAACUUUAACUGCCUCUAUAACCCCCUAACCACCAUCCAUCUCCCCUAUGGUCUAACUCUCACCUCCCCAGCGUCAGAGAAAGGUCCUCUGCUCCCCUCCAGAGGCGAGAUGGGUUACUACAAGCUGCACACUCUGGGGCCGCUGUACUCAUCUGGAAGUGGCACUCAACAGCUGAUCUCCUCACUCACCUUCAUCCCCCAGAUUUCAAUCCACAAGGGGGCGGUGUUUAAGUGUCAGGUGUCCUACAUGGGCAAAGACAAGAUCGUGGUGGAGAGGGUGUCGGAGAAGUUUACAAUCCUGUCUGCUCCACAAGUAUCAGAAAUCCAGCUGGCAGAGACACCAGGUGACUCUGAUGUCAUCAGCAUGACUGUCCAGGCAUCACAUUUCCAUCCGGACGUCAUUACCUUCCGCUGGUUCUGCCAGGGGAGUGAGCUGAGCCCUGUCGCCUCCCAGGCCUCGUCCUCCCCUAGACCCAAUUCUGAAGGAGUCUUUUCAGCCUUCAGCCAGUGUAAACUGCCUCGGAGUGAACUGGAAAAGGGAGGCACUAAAGUGUGGGUCAGUGUCCACCACAUCGCCCUGAAGCAGCCAGUCACCCGUGAGACCAGAGGGUUCAUCAAGAGGCCGUGUGUGUCCGAAAUCGUUGGCUCCACUUCUUCCCCAGAGAAGACUUUGAUCCUUGGAUGUGAAAUCACAGAUUUCUACCCCCCGAACAUAUCAGUCACCUGGCUGAAGCUCAGGGGGGGAGAGCAAGAUGACAGAGAGGAGGAGGUGAUAGUGGGAGGAGAGAUGUGGGGCCCCAUACAGACUCAGCCCAGACUCUACAGGGCCACAGCCACUCUGAAGAGAAGGCCAACAAAUCAGGAGAAAAAGGAGAGAGGAGGAGGGAUUAUUUGUAGAGUCGAGCACUGUUCCCUACACGAGCCUAUUGAGAAACACUGGAGAAAUGUUGGCGUUGUUGCUCCCUCCAUUCCUCCAUUGAUCUCAGUCUGUUGGAGCAGUGAAGGGGUUGGUGUGUUCUCUCUCAUGUUGAAGGGAGGUCACCCUAAGGUGAAAUUACUCUGGGCAGCGGGAGGACCCACUCUUUCACCACUGGUAUCCAACGAGACAGAGGAGAUAGGAGAUGACGGACAGAGGGAGCUGAAAAGUGUGUGCGCCCUGGAGAGGUCCACAAGCCUGCCAAGUCAGACAAACAAACAGUUGGAGAGACGGAAGAAUGGACAUGCAAUAAAAACAAAAGCUGCCGUCACAGACCCUGACACUGAAGGAAUCGAAUACAUCGAUGAAAAACUGCACGAAGAGAAUAACAACAUUGACAGGGACGAGGAAACAAAGUCAGAAGUGGAUGAGGACAGUGUCAAAGAAAGAGAGCAAGGCCCAGGAGCACUGCACAUCAACAGAAUCAACCUGACGAAGGGUCCCAGAGGAAAUGAGAGAGCACGUUUGAGAGUCUGCGUGGAGAUCAUACACCCUGCACUCAAGCUUCCUGUUUAUCGAACCUGGACAGAGCCCAAUGAGGAAAUUUCAUCUUCCACAUUAAAGCCCUGAUGUGUGCAAGAGUGCCUUUCUAUCUCAUAUAUCCCAUAUAUCAAAUAUAUAUCUCUAUAACUUUAAUCAUGAAGUAGUAUGUUUUUAAGGAUAUCUUUGAUGAUGUGGUUUUGCUUCCAACAUUUUUGUGUCUUUAUUUAUUAUCUUAUAUUCUUAAUCUGUCACUGUUACUUUUUUUUUCUAACUUCAUGAUUUUUACAAAUGGUAUUUUUGUACAAAGAAUUUUGCAAUAAUAAUCCACUUCUGUGGAUUUUUAAAAUUCAGCUUCGGAAAAUAAAAUCUAAAUACAUUUUUUUGGAGA